ACCUUCUCCCCGUGAUGGCGGAGGACAGCGAGUCUGCCGCCAGUCAGCAAAGCCUCGAGCUGGACGAUCAGGACACCUGCGGCAUCGACGGCGACAAUGAGGAGGAGACGGAGCACUCCAAAGGAAGUCCAGGAGGAGAAUUGGGAGCUAAGAAAAAGAAAAAGAAGCAGAAACGAAAAAAGGAGAAAACAAAUUCCAGAGACACCAAAUCAGACUCUGCUUCGGACUCCCAGGAGAUUAAAAAUCAGCAACCUUCAAAAAAUCCAGCCAUUCCAAUGCAGAAGCUGCAAGACAUUCAAAGAGCUAUGGAGUUGCUCUCAGCGUGUCAGGGCCCAACCAAGAAUAUUGAUGAAGCGACCAAACGUAAAUACCAGUUUUGGGACACACAGCCUGUACCCAAGCUUAGUGAGGUUAUAACAUCGCAUGGUGCUAUUGAACCAGAUAAAGAUAACAUUCGCAUAGAGCCGUAUUCUUUACCGCACGGUUUCACUUGGGACACGUUGGAUCUGAGCAACACUGAAAUUUUAAAGGAGUUGUACAUGCUGCUAAAUGAAAAUUAUGUUGAAGAUGAUGAUAACAUGUUUAGAUUUGACUAUUCACCGGAAUUCCUUUUGUGGGCCCUUAGACCGCCAGGUUGGCUUCCUCAGUGGCACUGUGGUGUCAGGGUAUCAUCCAAUAGGAAACUGGUGGGGUUCAUCAGUGCCAUUCCGGCACACAUUCGGAUUUAUGAUAGUGACAAGAAAAUGGUAGAAAUUAAUUUUCUGUGUGUCCAUAAAAAACUACGAUCAAAGCGAGUAGCACCAGUCCUGAUCCGUGAAAUAACCAGAAGAGUAAACUUGGAAGGAAUUUUUCAGGCUGUUUACACUGCAGGAGUCGUCCUUCCCAAACCUGUAGCAACUUGCAGAUACUGGCAUCGAUCGCUGAAUCCCAGAAAAUUGGUAGAAGUGAAAUUUUCUCACUUGAGCAGAAACAUGACAUUACAGAGAACAAUGAAGCUCUACAGACUUCCUGAUGCCACAAAAACUUCAGGCUUGAGACCUAUGGAACGAAAAGAUAUCAAAGCAGUGCAAGAGUUGAUUAACAAUUACUUGAAGCAAUUCAAUCUUGCUCCUGUUAUGGAUGAAGAAGAAGUGGCUCACUGGUUCCUGCCUCAGGAUCAUAUUAUUGACACGUUUGUGGUAGAGAAUUCAAAUGGUGUUUUAACUGACUUUCUGAGUUUCUAUACAUUACCUUCAACAGUCAUGCACCACCCUGCUCAUAAAAGCCUCAAAGCAGCCUAUUCCUUCUAUAAUGUUCACACGGAAACCCCUCUCUUGGAUCUAAUGAAUGAUGCACUGAUUAUAGCAAAGAUGCCCCAGAUGACUUUGGGGUUGCACGUGGCUUUUCCAAAUCAAAUCAAAGCUUUGUAUCUGGGCUACUUCGGUUACAAGAAAUGAAAAGUCAGUCAAAUAUGACUUCUAUGACCUACUGUAGGAAUGUAGCAGAGAAAAAGGUUUGUCUGUAUUGUGUAUGCAUUGUGAUCGUUACACAAGGUUACUAAUGCUGUUAAGAUUUUCAGGUUCUAAGUUGUAAACAUACAGAAUACUGCGUUGGUUUGGCUGGCAUUUCUGAGCUUUAGUGUGCAUGCCAUUGCAAUCUAUAUGUUCCUGGAUUGUGUUGAUGCAAACUCAUUGCUAAAAAUAUAAAACAUUGUUGAUUUAUUGAGUUUGUUGUCUGGUAGAUACAGUAGUAUAAUGUUUGGAAUGUUCUUGAUUUUUUAUUGCAGUUAAUAUUACUCAUGCAGCUGCUUCAGCUUCUUUUCCUUUAAAGAUUACACCUUCUACAAACAGCCCAAAUGUCCAGCUAAGGAAAAGCAUGUUCAAUUGGCUGCUUUCAUUCCUUGCUAUAGGGUAUGAGGGGAAUAACUUUUCCUUUUUUCAAAAAGGCAUCCUCGUUUCAUUUUUCAUAGGUUAGAAGAAUCAGCACAACACUUAACAGAAAUAGCAAUAGCAUUUAGACUUACAUACCAUUUCACGGUGCUUUAUAGCCCUCUCUAAGUGGUUUACAGAGUCAGCAUAUUGCCUCCA